AUGAACAAUAAGAUUCUCACUCGACAAGUUUUACCCGAGGUGGAAAUUAGUAUAAAUUUGAACGGAAUAACAAUCUCAAGUGCACGUCUAACUCCUGCUCGUUUUGUACCAUAUGAUAUAGGUGGAAAAUGUCGUGAAUGUAAAAGUACAGAAGCUGAGGUGGAUUUUGUUGUAACAAAGGAUGGAGUUACUAUUUAUUGCACACGUAUUUCCGGAACACGUUAUGUGCCAUUUGAUUCAACUUAUGACCUACCAGGAAUAUGUUUCUUUCGGGUAAAAAACAAAGGCCGUGUUUUCAAUAUUCCAUAUGGCUCAGUGAAACCAGAACAUCCUUCUCCACCACGACCUCCUCCUCCAACACAAAAGGAUAUACAAUACACAACGUCUGAAUUACAGAACAAAUCAAAUAAUUCUAAGAGUUCACAAAAAUUUACGAAACAUACAAUUGAAAAUAUCCUCAAAGACAAAAGUAAAGAAAAUAGUGAUAAUGUUUUGCUUAAUGAAUUUAUUGAUAGCCUCGACGCAGCCACAAGUGGACUUCCUUCACAAAGUGACAAAGUGAAUAAUUUGAAGAAACAAGCAAAGAAGAUGGAAGAAGAAGAGAUGGCCGCUAUCGAAGCAAUAUAUAACAUACCCCGUUAA